CGAUGACUCGUCCCCUUCGCGAGGCGGGAUGAGCCCGGAUCCCAGCCACUCCCCCCGCCCGCGAGAGAUUUGGGGGCGAGCGGGACCACCCCUCCUCAGCCUCUCCUCCUCCCGUUUGCUUUUGCCGGGCCAUAUAUACACGACGAGAGGCGCACUCUCUCCCUUGUCCCAUGGAAAAGGAGGGCUUGCGCCGGCGGGCGGGGACGCGCAACGACGUGUGGCUGCGCGGCACUCCUGAGCAUUACGGCGCCCAUUCCUGGCUCCUUUGACUUGUUCUCUGGCGGCGGCGGCGGCGGCGGCGAGGGAAGCUGGAAGCGCUUUUGCUUUUGUCGAUCCUGAGCAGCCAUGGCCGAGCGCCGCGCCUUCGCUCAGAAGAUCAGCAGAACUGUGGCCGCUGAAGUCCGGAAGCAGAUUUCAGGACAAUAUGGUGGAUCACCGCAGCUUCUCAAGAACCUUAAUAUUGGAGGCAGCAUUUCCCAUCAUACAACUGUGCCUCUUACCGAGCCUGUGGAUCCAGUGGAUUUGGAAGAAUACCUCCUUACACAUCCACUUGCAGUGGAUUGCGGCCCUUUGAGAGACUUGCUUGAAUUUCCUUCUGAUGAUAUUGAAGUUAUCUACAGUCCUCGAGAAUGCAGAACACUUGUGUCAGCAGUACCUGAAGAGAGUGAAAUGGACCCUCACGUGAGGGAUUGCGUAAGAAGUUACACAGAAGACUGGGCCAUUGUGAACAGAAAAUAUCACAAACUGGGAACAGGAUUUAACCCCAACACAUUAGACAAACAGAAGGAGAGGCAAAAAGGCCUACCCAAACAGAUAUUUGAGUCUGAUGAAGUUCCGGAUGGCAACAAUUACCAGGAUGAACAAGAUGAUCUUAAAAGACGGUCCAUGUCAAUCGAUGACACACCUCGGGGCAGUUGGGCUUGCAGUAUUUUUGACUUGAAAAACUCCCUCCCGGAUGCUUUGCUUCCAAAUCUUCUGGAUCGGACCCCAAAUGAAGAAAUCGACCAUCAAAAUGAUGAACAGAGAAAGUCCAACAGACACAAGGAACUUUUUGCAUUGCAUCCAGCCCCAGAUGAGGAAGAACCAAUAGAAAGACUGGGCAUCCCUGAAAUCCCCAAGGAACACUUUGGUCAGAGGCUUCUUGUGAAGUGUUUGUCUUUAAAAUUUGAAAUUGAAAUAGAGCCGAUUUUUGCAAGUUUGGCAUUGUACGACGUUAAGGAAAAGAAAAAGAUUUCAGAGAACUUCUACUUUGAUUUAAACUCUGAACAAAUGAAAGGGAUGCUGCGCCCUCAUGUCCCACCUGCUGCUAUAACCACGCUGGCCCGGUCAGCCAUUUUUUCUAUUACAUAUCCUUCUCAGGAUGUCUUUCUAGUAAUAAAGCUGGAAAAGGUACUACAACAGGGAGAUAUUGGGGAGUGUGCAGAGCCAUAUAUGAUUUUAAAAGAAGCAGAUGCUGCAAAGAACAAGGAAAAGCUAGAGAAACUGAAAAGUCAAUCAGAACAAUUUUGCCAAAGGCUUGGCAGAUAUCGCAUGCCUUUUGCAUGGACGGCCAUUCAUUUAAUGAACAUAGUCAGCAGCGCUGGAAGUUUGGAGAGGGACUCUACAGAAGUGGAAAUUUCUGCAGGAGAACGCAAAGGGUCGUGGUCAGAGAGGAGGAAUUCUAGCAUUGUCGGCAGGCGUUCCUUGGAAAGGACGACGAGUGGGGAUGAGGCCUGCAACCUGACUAACUUUAGACCAGCUACACUCACGGUGACAAACUUCUUUAAACAGGAAGGUGACCGCCUGAGUGAUGAAGACCUGUACAAGUUUCUUGCGGAUAUGAGAAGGCCAUCUUCUGUUCUACGGAGGUUGAGACCUAUCACAGCUCAGUUGAAGAUAGACAUUUCUCCAGCCCCAGAAAACCCACAUUAUUGUCUAACGCCAGAGUUGCUGCAAGUCAAACUUUACCCUGAUAGCAGAGUACGACCAACAAGAGAGAUCCUGGAGUUUCCUGCAAGGGAUGUUUAUAUUCCAAAUACAACAUACAGAAACAUUCUGUAUGUCUAUCCUCAAAGCCUUAACUUUGCCAACCGUCAAGGAUCUGCUCGGAACAUCACUGUAAAAGUCCAAUUUAUGUUUGGAGAGGAUCCAAGCAAUGCAAUGCCGGUAAUAUUUGGAAAAUCCAGCUGUGCUGAAUUUUCAAAAGAAGCAUAUACAGCUGUUGUGUAUCAUAACAGAUCUCCUGAUUUUCACGAAGAAAUCAAGAUUAAACUCCCUGCUACUUUAACUGACCACCACCACCUGCUUUUCACUUUUUAUCAUGUCAGUUGCCAACAAAAACAAAAUACUCCUCUGGAGACGCCUGUUGGAUACACGUGGAUACCAAUGCUUCAGAAUGGACGGUUGAAAACCGGUCAGUUCCUUCUCCCUGUUUCGCUAGAGAAACCACCCCAGGCAUACUCUGUGCUCUCUCCAGAGGUGCCCCUGCCUGGAAUGAAGUGGGUAGAUAACCAUAAGGGAGUUUUUAAUGUAGAAAUAGUUGCUGUGUCAUCUAUUCAUACACAGGACCCUUACCUUGACAAGUUCUUUGCCCUUGUUCAUGCCCUGGAUGAACACAUGUUCCCUGUGCGGAUCGGCGACAUGAGAAUUAUGGAGAACAACUUGGAGAACGAACUGAAGAGCAGCAUUUCGGCACUAAAUUCCUCUCAGCUGGAGCCCGUGGUGCGAUUUCUCCAUCUCUUGCUUGACAAGCUGAUCCUCUUGGUUGUACGACCGCCUAUCAUUGCUGGCCAAAUAGUAAAUCUGGGUCAAGCAUCUUUUGAAGCCAUGGCCUCUAUUGUAAACAGACUCCACAAAAACCUCGAAGGGAACCAAGACCAGCAUGGCAGAAACAACCUCCUCACCUCAUAUAUUUAUUAUGUUUUUCGCUUGCCAAACACCUCUCCCAAUUCGCCAUCUUCAGGUUCGGGUGGCUUGGGAGGAUCAGUCCAUUACGCCACCAUGGCUCGUUCUGCUGUCAGACCAGCAAGCCUAAACUUGAAUCGCUCCAGGAGCCUUAGCAACAGCAACCCAGAUAUCUCUGGCACUCCAACCUCGCCCGAUGAUGAAGUCCGAUCAAUCAUCGGGAGUAAGGGCUUAGACCGCUCCAAUUCCUGGGUAAACACUGGUGCUCCAAAAGCUGCCCCAUGGGGAUCCAACCCCAGUCCAAGUGCAGAGGCUACACAGGCUACAGACCGAAGUUGUAAUCGUAUGUCUUCGCACACAGAGACGUCAAGUUUCUUACAAACAUUAACAGGACGGUUGCCAACUAAAAAGCUUUUUCAUGAAGAAUUGGCCUUACAGUGGGUUGUCUGCAGUGGGAGUGUACGUGAGGCAGCUCUCCAGCAAGCGUGGUUCUUCUUCGAACUUAUGGUAAAAAGUAUGGUGCAUCAUUUGUAUUUUGCUGACAAACUCGAUGCUCCAAGGAAGAAUCGUUUUCCGGAGCGCUUCAUGGAUGACAUAGCUGCUCUGGUCAGCACAAUUGCCAGUGAUAUAGUCUCCCGGUUUCAGAAGGAUACUGAAAUGAUUGAAAGGCUCAACACUAGCUUAGCCUUCUUCCUAAACGAUCUACUCACUGUUAUGGACAGAGGAUUUGUCUUCAGCCUCACUAAGGUGUACUACAAACAGGUGUCAUCCAAGCUUUAUUCCUUACCCAACCCGAGCACCCUUGUGUCCUUGAGGUUGGAUUUCCUCCGCAUUGUCUGCAGCCAUGAACACUACGUUACUCUGAAUUUACCAUGCAGCCUGUUGACACCCCCGGCAUCCCCUUCACCUUCCGUGUCUUCCGCAACAUCUCAGAGUUCUGGUUUCUCGACGAACAUCCAGGACCAGAAGAUUGCAAAUAUGUUUGAACUGUCUGUGCCUUUCCGCCAGCAGCACUACUUGUCAGGCCUGGUGCUUACUGAGCUGACUGUCAUUUUGGAUCCUGACGCAGAAGGUUUGUUUGGAUUGCAUAAGAAAGUCAUCAACAUGGUACACAACUUGCUGUCCAGCCAUGACUCCGACCCACGGUACUCUGACCCACAGGUAAAGGCCCGGGUGGCUACAUUGUACCUGCCUCUGAUUGGUGUGAUCAUGGAGAGUGUGCCCCAGCUGUAUGAUUUCACAGAAAACCACAACCAGCGUGGACGGCCAAGCUGCACAGCAGUGGAGGACUAUGAGAGCGAGGGUGGAAGCAUGAUAAGCCAAACGGUUGCCAUGGCUAUUGCAGGAACCUCCGUCCCGCAACUCACCCGUCCCAGCAGUUUUCUCCUAACGUCAUCGACAAAUAGGCAGCAUUCAACAUUUUCAGCCGAGUCAAGUCGGAACCUUCUGAUCUGCCUCUUGUGGGUCCUGAAGAACGCUGAUGAAAGUGUCCUACAAAAAUGGUUCACGGACCUUUCUGUGCUACAGCUUAAUCGUUUACUGGAUUUGCUCUAUCUCUGUGUUUCUUGCUUCGAAUACAAGGGUAAGAAAGUGUUUGAAAGAAUGAACAGCCUGACGUUUAAGAAGUCAAAAGACAUGAGAGCCAAGCUUGAAGAGGCUAUACUUGGCAGCAUCGGGGCGAGGCAAGAAAUGGUACGGCGAAGCAGGGGACAGCUGGAAAGAAGUCCUUCUGGGAGUGCCUUUGGAAGUCAAGAGAACCUGAGAUGGAGAAAGGAUAUGACUCACUGGCGACAGAACACGGAAAAACUUGACAAAUCACGGGCUGAAAUAGAACACGAGGCUCUUAUUGAUGGCAACUUGGCAACUGAAGCAAAUCUGAUCAUUUUGGAUACUUUGGAGAUAGUAGUCCAGACUGUCUCCGUGACAGAGUCCAAGGAAAGCAUUCUUGGCGGAGUGCUGAAGGUUCUUUUACACAGCAUGGCUUGCAACCAGAGCGCUCUUUACCUGCAGCAUUGCUUUGCUACGCAGAGGGCCUUGGUGUCAAAGUUCCCAGAACUGCUCUUUGAAGAGGAGACAGAGCAGUGUGCUGACUUAUGCCUCCGACUCCUGCGCCACUGUAGCAGUAGCAUCGGCACCAUACGCUCGCAUGCCAGCGCCUCCCUGUACCUCCUCAUGAGGCAGAACUUUGAGAUUGGGAAUAACUUUGCCAGAGUGAAAAUGCAGGUGACCAUGUCACUCUCAUCUUUAGUAGGAACAUCUCAGAAUUUUAAUGAGGAGUUUCUGAGACGUUCUCUGAAAACCAUUUUGACCUAUGCUGAAGAGGACCUGGAACUAAGGGAAACAACAUUCCCUGAUCAGGUCCAAGAUCUUGUGUUCAACCUCCAUAUGAUCCUGUCUGAUACAGUUAAGAUGAAGGAGCACCAAGAAGACCCAGAGAUGCUGGUGGACUUGAUGUUCAGAAUUGCCAAGGGAUACCAGAAUUCCCCAGACCUACGACUCACCUGGCUACAGAACAUGGCUGGGAAACACUCAGAGAGAAGCAAUCACGCAGAAUCUGCACAGUGUUUGGUCCACUCUGCAGGACUCGUUGCUGAAUACUUGAGCAUGCUUGAGGAUCGGAAAUAUCUCCCCGUAGGAUGCGUUACAUUUCAGAACAUCUCCUCAAAUGUCCUGGAAGAAUCUGCAGUUUCUGAUGAUGUUGUAUCUCCAGAUGAAGAAGGAAUAUGCUCUGGAAAGUAUUUUACUGAAGCAGGUCUGGUUGGAUUGCUGGAGCAAGCUGCUGCCUCUUUCUCCAUGGCUGGCAUGUACGAAGCAGUCAACGAGGUUUACAAAAUCCUCAUUCCAAUUCAUGAAGCUAACAGAGAUGCCAAGAAGCUAGCCACAAUUCACGGUAAACUCCAGGAAGCAUUCACCAAAAUAGUUCAUCAGAGUACUGGCUGGGAGCGGAUGUUUGGUACAUACUUCCGUGUUGGUUUUUAUGGGACUAAAUUUGGAGACCUCGAUGAACAAGAGUUCGUUUACAAGGAACCGGCCAUAACAAAAUUGGCUGAAAUUUCUCAUCGGUUAGAGGGUUUUUAUGGAGAAAGGUUUGGUGAAGAUGUUGUCGAAGUAAUUAAGGACUCUAACCCUGUCGACAAAUGUAAAUUAGAUGCCAACAAGGCCUAUAUACAGAUAACUUACGUGGAGCCUUACUUUGACACAUACGAAAUGAAGGACCGGAUAACCUAUUUUGACAAAAACUACAACUUGCGGCGAUUCAUGUACUGUACACCCUUCACGUUGGAUGGCAGAGCUCAUGGUGAGCUGCAUGAACAGUUCAAGAGGAAGACCAUCCUCACGACAUCACAUGCAUUCCCUUAUAUUAAAACCCGGAUUAAUGUCAUUCACAAGGAGGAGAUAAUUUUGACACCAAUUGAAGUUGCCAUUGAGGAUAUGCAAAAGAAAACCCAAGAGUUGGCUUUUGCAACACAUCAAGAUCCUGCAGAUCCCAAAAUGCUCCAGAUGGUGCUUCAGGGUUCAGUAGGCACAACGGUAAAUCAGGGACCACUAGAGGUUGCACAGGUUUUCUUAUCAGAGAUACCCAACGAUCCUAAGCUCUUCCGUCAUCAUAAUAAACUACGGCUUUGUUUCAAAGACUUCACAAAAAGGUGUGAAGAUGCACUGCGUAAGAACAAGAGCCUGAUUGGUCCAGAUCAAAAAGAGUAUCAGCGGGAGCUUGAAAGAAAUUACCACCGUCUCAAAGAAGCCCUUCAGCCUCUGAUCAAUAGAAAAAUUCCCCAAUUAUACAAGACGGUCCUUCCUGCUGCUUGCCACAGAGAUUCCUUCAGCAGAAUGAGCCUUCGCAAAAUGGACAUCUGAGCACCUUAAAAUAUGCUUAAGAAUUUUAAGGUACUGAACAAACGAGUGCAGUGUCAUCAACACCAGGAAUUUUUUAUAAGUUUUAUUUGGAAAUAAAACUUUGGACUUUGUUCAGGACACCCUGCACACAUUUUACCAAUUUACAUGGAAGUGUUAAGUGGCCAAAUUCCCUUCCAAUUAUAUAGACUUCAAACCUUUUUUAACCCCAUGGCAACAGUAUAUAAACUACUGGUGAGGCUGUAAACAAAACUGUUUUUUAAGAAAUUUUUUAAUAUUCAGAGGUACUCCAAAUGCAUCAACCAUUAUUUAUAGCAUUCUUUAAUGUUAAAUUUGUUUUUGUUUUAGUUCAUAUAUUUAUUUUAUAUUAGGAGCAUUUGCAAAUGAAUUUAAACCAUUUUUAAUGCAGUGUUUAUUUUAAUGGUACCAUUAAAUAUUGAAUGUUUACACUUUAUUUCUUGGUGUACCAGCUUCUAAAAUUCAUCUUUGUGUGAAAAAAGAUCCUAGAGAAAGGUAAGUACAAAAUGCUUUUUAAGGAUGCAAAGGAUGCUUUCAUUUUUAAACUUUUGUGUCACAUGGCUACAGCUACAUUGGGUCUGUGCCUCAAACUGCUGGGAUGACCUUGGGGAUAUAGGGGUCCACAAAAGCCAACCUGUUUCUAAAGUGCUAAUUUCCAGGUUCAAGUACUGUUUUGGGUCACUGAAAGUGAAGCAGGGACUUUUGGCUUUCAAGCAGACAAGAGGGUCUCAUUCCUGCUGCAAGGCUAAGCUGGCUUCAGCGAAGGAAGGACGGACUUGUGUAAAGCAGACUAGGUAUUCACAUGAUGUAUUCAUUACAUAACACUACUACCUCUUCAGUGGCGCCUUUUUUUUUUUUUUUUUUUGCAAACUGCUAGUUCAGCAUCAAGGCUGCAAUCCUAACCCCUUAUUUGAGAGUAAGCCCCAAUUCAAUUCAGUUGAUUUACAGACAUUUGUAAACCACUUAAAACUGAGGAAAAAACUCUAAACUCUAAAGCAUGGUCCAUGGGGUCACGAAGAGUCAGACACGACUAAACGACUAAACAACAACUUAUCAGUAGAUAUGCCUAGUGCAAAAUUUUGUGAUUCUCUUGAAAACUAUACCGGCAUACUGGAAAAUGUGGUAACUGCCUCUAGCCAAAAAUACCUUUAGUCCACCUUGUGUUCAAUUACACAUCAUAUUUGGAAGGGAUGAAAUCUGUAAAAAGCCACUACAGUUAGCAUAGUGUUAAGGUUAGUGGAGUACAUUGCAAAGUCAGUUCACAGAUUACACAAAAGCAAACCUAGUUUUAGCACCACAUGUACGUACAUUCAAUAGAAAGUACCAACCAAUCAAAUCUCCCUUAUGCAACCCAUGCAUGCAAACACAUUUGUUGCCUUCAAAAGUACUGCAUACCUAAAAUGUGAAGUGGUCCUUAGAAACUGGAACCCUCUCUAUUGGUACCUAGCUAUGAGGCACCUCUAUCAUUAAUAUGCUUACCUUUUAAAGAAAAAUUUCAAUAGUUUAAAUAUUUAUACUAAAAUAGGUUUAACUUGAACUCAGAAAUAAAGCUGAAACACCAAGUCAUGUAUAUAUUCCUACCUUGAAACUGAGAUGAGCAUCCCCACCACAUAUUUUGACUAUAUGAGGAACAAUGGAGAAGGGUAAGGGCAAAAGAAGCAAUUACUUUUUCAGGUCCUAUGGCUUUAGAAAUAAAGAAAAAAUAUUUUUUGUUUGCAAAAGCAAUUGGAUUUAUUUAUAUCAACUAUACACUCUAGAAUGUGAGUACAAAUAACUUUUAUUUUUAAAGAGAGCAAAUGAGUAGUGUGAAGAAAUUAGAACCACCUUUAAAUGCUACUGCACUCUUAAAGCAUUUUAUUAAACAGACUAUAUAUACAGGUUUGUAUUGCUAUGAUCUCUAUAUAAUCUAUAAAGAUAAUUACCCAUUUAAAAAAAAAAUCUCACUUUUUACAGAAUCUUAGUCUGGUGAACCAUUCUGUAGCUUCAUAGGUGCUUUUCAGUGCUGACCAGAUGCUAAACAUAUUUACAUAGUUAAAAUACAACCUCACUCUACAAUUUUCUUAUAAAACAGCAAGUAAGGAGUAGAUGUAGAUGAGGAAAUGGGGGACAGAAGGUUGAGAAAGUCUUUUUCCUCUGUAACUUUCACUUCGGAAUCAUCAAAAAGUAGCCAUUUCCCCUCAUACUCUUUUAAGCUCUGCAUUAUAUGCAUUGCUUUAUUUUCUAGUCCAAUAGCAGGAUCAGUUUGCUCACAGCGUUCAAACUCAACAACUCCUUUAGCAUGGCUAUGCUCUGCAUUUUUAGUUUCAGUGACUAUGUUAGCCAUCAUCUCAGAAUGGGUUGCUUUGUUGCUUGGCAAAUCACAGUUCAGCUUGCUUUUUUGUCCUCCAAGAAGCCCCACAGCUUCUAUAUUCUUUUUGUUCAGUCCUUUGUUAGGCUGAGCACUUCCACUGACUCUAAAGGAGACCUCACCGUCGUCAUAGUCCUCAGUGACAGCUCUUGCUUCUUGUUCAUUCAGUGGCUCUGGGUGAAUUUUACAAAAUGGAUCACUUGUUAAAUUGUUCUUGUCCAAUUCCAAGCUAUCCAAAUUUGUAAUUUUAACAGAGGCUGUGUAGUGCCCACUGCUGAUUGUAAUACCACUGUGCAUCACUACAGCAAACAGUCCAUAUAUUUCGUUGCCUGGGUUUAUGCUCCAGUCAUCCAAAGACAGCUUGAGAGGUGUUUGUAAAGGAGUAUUUAUCUUGGACAGCCCACCAUAACAAUCAAACCUUGGGGAGAAAUGUAAUAAAUAGAUUAUGUUGUCACUUUGCAGAGCUCCUUUAAAAAAUAAAACUUUUUUAAAUGUUAAAAUUCAGCUAUUUGCUUUCCUGUUGCUCUAGGAUAUCAGUCACUCUUAAACUUGGAUUCUCUUAAAUUUGCAUUAUCACCAACUAAUAAGAUUUAAAUUGCAAACGUUGAGCUAAAAGGAGGUACUCUAGUGCUUAGCUUUGAGAUCUCCAACAUCUUAAGAUACUGUACUUAAUUUCUUGCUGUAACAAAUCAAGUGACUGAACAGCAACUUUUAAAAAAAGAAAAAACUAUUACAAAGGUAAAUUAAUUUUUUUGACUGACAAUUAGGUGUUUCAAAAGACAGCCCAAUAGGUAAGCAAUCUGCAUAGGUAUUUCUGAAUAAGCACUGCAACAAGACACCAGCUAAUUUCCCCCCUCGUGUUUGUACUUACAAAUUGUAAAAUAAUUUAAUGUUUCGCAACAAUCGAAUUCAUGUUGGGGACAGUUGAGAGAAUCCACUUGUUUAUGUGAGCAACAUUUCAAAUAGAUAAUUCAAUUUCAGAUAUGCCUUUAAUUUAUACUUAAACUUCCAGUAAAAUAAUAGCAGGAACUGUUGGUUGCCUUGUUUUUAUUACAGUCUACUGGUUUUUGCCUGAGGUAUCUCAUGUUUGAAAGCUUACAAAAGAUAAAGUCUAUAAUUAUAUGCUGAUUGGUGUUUAAAUAGCAAGAAAAGCCAUACAAUAGUGGAAAAUUAAGAAUAGGGUUUAUUUGGCAAUAUAUUUUAUGCAUUAUGAACAUGGCCUAAAUAUAUAUAAUGUGGGACAACAGUGGAAGAGAUACAUGUUUUAAAAUAUUUGUUAAGACUUUCCAUGAGAUACACGUUGUUUUUUCCUGUAAAAUGCCCGCAAGCCGGCUAAGCAGGAAAGAAAGGGGAGAGGACUUGCGUGUUUUCUCUCCCCGCCGGCACCCUUUCCCUCUUUCUUCUCCCCCCCCCCAACGACCACCCUGGGAAGCUUCCUCAAUCCGGCAGCCUGCCGGGUCGGCGCUGAUCAGCGCUGCGUGGAGCACCGGCUCGAGGAGCCGGUCUGCAGAGUCAGCGCCCAGCAAUGCCGUGCUGGAUUGAGGAGGCGCUGCUGGAGCCCUCCAGAUGUUUUGGACUACAAUUCCAAUCAUCCCUGACCACUGGCCCUGUUAGCUAGGGAUCAUGGGAGUUGUAGGCCAAAACAUCUGGAGGGCCGCAGUUUGGGGAUGCCUGGAGUAGAGGAACUGAGCUACUGUGCAAAUUCCAUGGGAAGCACAUUCUUAACAGUGUAUUUUGGGAUACCUAACAAUAUAGUUCAUGCUCUUCUUUCCAGAAGUUAAAUUCACUUGAUGUGGGUUCCAUUUUAUUAUAUUUGUGUAAAGUUUUACUUCCAGUGGUCAGGUUCAAUGUGGUUUAUUUACUAUACUCACUCUAAUCCUCUAGCUGCGAAGCACUUCAAGUGGAUGGUUAUAACUUCAGGCAUUUUAUCAAAUAGAAGACUGCGUUCAGCUUCUGUGUAAUGACGGCAGUUUUCACAGAAAUAUUUAUCUUCUCCCACAAUCCUCUCCACUGAAGCAAACUGGGAAAUUGCCCACUUAAGAGUCUUCACUUCUGUUUUGGGGUCUGGAGAAACUACAAAAGAAAGUUGCUUAUAUUUAGUUUGCCCAAUACUGUAAACAGUUAAAAACAAAUUAGGUUGUUGACCACAAUAAUAUGAGUGCAGGACAUGUGAGCAAAUGUUUUUAAAAGUGCCAAAAUCGUAAAGAAUUACACACCGAAUUACACAUCACGGUUCCAAAGCUUAUGGUCUGCUGUGAUCUCAUGACUCUCCAAAGCCAAUUCCGAAUCUCCAUACUAAACCAGAACCACUUCAGCACAACCAAACAGAAGGCAGUUUCUUUAAGGUGGGGAAGGGGUUUAACACCAUCCUAGAAACCUGCAGAAUCCUAGAGCCAUGCACCCUUCCAUAUACAAAGACCUGUAUUAUAGGAAGUAUCUGUCUUACAUAGAUUGCCAUGCUUCAUUUCAGCAUGUUACAGACUGGAAUGAUAACACAUUUCUAAGCAACCAGAAUGGGGACAUUUUAUAGCAGGCAUAGGCAAACUUGGCCCUCCAGAUGUUUUGAGACUACAAUUCCCAUCAUCGCUGACCACUGAUCUUGUUAGUUAGGGAUGAUGGGAGUUGUAGACCCAAAACAUUUGGAGUGCCGAGUUUGCCUACUAUGCCUGUUUUAUAGGAUAACAAUAUUCAUCACCUGAAAUACCACACUGAGCACAUUCACACCAGCCACCCCUCUGGCACACACCUAUUUCUUCUCUCAGAAGGUUUGAUCAGUGUGGUGCAACUGCAAAAGGGCUAAUGCAAUUCAAAGAACCUUAGUUUCUAAAUAACAGUGUCACCUUAUUCUGUACAUCCGAGGUACUGUGUCCAGUUUUGGGUGGUGUGCUUUCAAAGGGAUAUAAACAAAUUGGAAUUGGUUCAGUAAAGGAUAAUGAAAUAUGGAAAACAAGGCCUAUGAGAAAAAGUUGGAGAAACUAGGUAUGUUUCACCUAGAGAAAAGACUUAAGGAAGGUACAUAUUUAUUUAUAAAACUUAUGCUGUAUUCUUCCAAUGUAUUUUCAUAUUCCAAUGUAGCUUACUGUACAUUUUAUUAAUGCCAUGAAAAAAAAGCACAGAAAUGCAACCAAAUCAGCAGAUUAAAACAUUCUAAGAAAAAUGUAACAAACCAACCAGCCACUCUUCAGAUAUUGAAGGGCUGUCAUACAGAAAAGACUUGUUUCCUAAAGUAACCUUAAGUUACAAGAGUUAUUGUACAUUUAAGUUUCACAGUGGAACAAAAUUACUGGGAAAGGGCCCUUGCUCUUGGGAGCUGAACAGCAAUCUCUGCUGGGGGAAGCUGUAGCUCUGAAUUCCCUUCAUCAAGCAGAGGGUUCACUAGCUGGUCUUCAGCAUGGAAGGGGAACUCCAGCCCAUGGUCCUGAUUCAGCCCAGCAGGGAUCCUAACUUCACUCACAAUACUGUUCUCCCCAAACCAUGCCCACCCGGCCCACCCUUGGCAUCAAGUGUAAGCUGGGAAAAAGCUGUUUCCAAGAAAAUGGUUGAAUAUGUAAUUUAAAAGGUAAUGUCUGUCAGCACCCAUCAGGUGACAAGUUGUCAGGAUAUAACUUAAAAAGAAAUGAUAAAACUAUAUAUAGAAAUGUACACCCAGAAUUCAACUACAGUUGGCAAGGAAAUGUAUACUCCUACCAAACACAGGCAUGCGAAUCACAGGCAUACUUAAAAUUUACUGUGGUUUAUACUUACUUUCAGAAUUCUCUUCCAUUUUUGAGAGCUCAUCUUUUUGCACUGGCACACUAAUAUCUUGAAAGUCUUCUCUUCUCUCAGUGAAACUCUCACACUCUAAACAUCGUGUUCGUAACACCAACUGACCCUGGAAGAGUCUCUCCACUAAAUUGAAGACAGCUAACUCUGAACCUAAGGUAAAGCACAAACCAGAUAAGGUUAAACUCUUUUCCUGAAUAGAUAUUAUCAGAGUUCUCUGAAUGUCAUCUUACUGCAGCUCCUCAUACUGCAGCUAACACUACUCCUCCAAAUCCCACAUCUUUGAGCAGCUGAAACAGCAAGAGGAAAUGCUCCAAAGUAUAGUUCAAAAACUGUAUGCCAAGGCAGGAAGUUCCAUCCACAGCUCUUUGGAUCUCUUUAGAUCCCACUCCAUUUGAGGAAUGUACAAUGGUACCUCGGGUUACAGACUCCGCUAACCCAGAAAGUGUGCCUCGGGUUAAGAACUUUGCUUCAGGAUGAGAAUAGAAAUUAUGCAGCGGCAGCAGCAGCAGCGGGAGGCCCCAUGAUUAGCUAAAGUGGUACCUCAGGUUAAGAACGGACCUCUGGAACGAAUUAAGUUCUUAACCAAGGUACCACUGUAGUUCUUAUUAGGAACUUCAAUUAUUAGGCACUACACUGGAGUUGUAUUCUUGAUAUUGAACCUGCUAAUGUCAUUACAGCCCUAUCUUUCAGAUGCAACCAGCACACCCCUAAGCAUGUUUACUCAAAUAGGAGUAUGAGAAGAAAAAUCAUUAUGUAGGAAACAGUUUUCCGUAAAGGUAAAGGAACCCCUGACGAUUGGGUCCAGUCACGAACGACUCUGGGGUUGUGUGCUCAUCUCACUCUAUAGGCCGAGGGAGCCAGCAUUUGUCCGCACAGCUUCUGGGUCAUAUGGCCAGCAUGACUAAGCCACUUCUGGAGAACUAGAGCAGCGCACGGAAACGCCGUUUACCUUCCCGCUGGAGCGGUACCUAUUUAUCUACUUGCACUACUUGGUCUUUGAUGUGCUUUUGAACUGCUAGGUUGGCAGGAGCAGGUCCCUUCUGAUCAGCAAGCGCUAGGCUCUGGUUUAAACCACAGCACCACCCGCAACCCUAGUUUUCCAUAGGGUAAGAUAAAAGAUCUUGCAGCAUAUAGGCUUAACCAUUCCAGGCAGCUUCUUACAUCUAAAAAAGAACCACUUUACCAAUCUACCCCUACAAAGAAAUCCCAGUAUUUUCAGUUUUUGUUUUAAAAAAUACUAAAAUGAUUGACUUAAUUUUCAUUAAGUUAAAUCCAGAAGUAUUAGGAAUGUUAAAACACUGACCUUCACUGUAUUACAUUUUGGCUUCUGUUAUAUUUGCCAACUCGGAUCUAGUCAACCCAGCCCUGCAAUAUGCCACCGUUCUGCUUGCUUGGGGCAAGUAUCAACCAUCUUUGCUUUGCCCUGAAAGAAAGCUACACUGCUGGAACUAAACAUAUAUCUCAAUCUCUUUCCACCCUGUGUCCCACCAUGCAGUUAAUGCUAUGAAAGCACAAAAAUGUGGCCAGGUGACCUCAGCAAACUGGGCACACACAUAAGUUACUCAUAAGGCUAACCUCUCUGGCAUCGUUUUUCAAUUUCUUUUUCGACAGUGCUUUCAAGAGAUGAUAGAUCAGAAUAGUCUUCCGUCCCUUGGCUGCCAUUUUCACACUUGCGGAAACUGUCUGUGAAUCCAGAGUUUUCUAUUUCUUUAACAGGCUCUUUGAACCCCAAGUUUGUUGUCAGCUUCCCCAAACUACAAAACUUGGACAGAAUGCUAGGUUGCUUGCUUGAAGAUUUUAACCAAUUUAAUCGAAGCCUGGUUUUUUUAUGGGUUGGUUUUGUAUUUUCAUUUUCAAUGCAAUGCUUAAUGGUUGCUUCAGAUUGAUUUUCUAGUUUUUCCUCCAGGGCUUUUCUCUUUGACCUGGUCCGUCUCUGAUUCUCUUCUAUUCCAUUUUUCUCUUUGGAAACUUUGGAUUUUUUCUUUUCAUUGCCAUCCUCUGUAUCAUUUUUUCUUUUUGCAUUUCCGUUAGCUUUAUCUUCACUGUCCUCAAUAUCUUGGUCAGAGAUCAAACUAACUUCUUCCUCAACAAUACCAGUACUGCCAAUAUCCUGAUUAGUCGUUUUCUUUAGUUCAGCUGUGGGCUCUUCUAGUGAUCUGGGUUUCAGUUGUUCCUUCAACAGCUGACAUGUUUCUUGGAUGUGCCCCAAUAUACACUGCAAUACUUCUUGGGCAUCAUGUUGUAAGUAUCCCUCAUACAUGGGGUUCAGUUCCCUUUAAAAAAAAUGCAACACAUUACCUAAUAUACAGUCAAAAAAAUAGCUUAUUGACACAGUUUAGACAGGGACUCAUGAGCAUAACCAAAUUUGGCAGGUGCCCUUCUUGGGAACACAUUUUAAGUACAAUUGAAGUUACUACACUAUGUUUGGGGGAUCCAAAAUUAAAAUGAGGCGGUAGAUGUACAGCUUCAUGAAGUUGCUCAGUUUUGCAGGCUAUUAUGUAUAGCCGAGAUAAUGGAGAUGUUUUUGUAAAAACUAGUAUAUUACAGUCAAUUUAUUAUUUUUGCCUAUCAGUCUCUUAAAUUUGACUGAUUUGAGAGAUCACAGAACUGGUUCAAACUCUAAUCUGCAUUGUUGCUGAGCUACCUCACAUUAUCAAGUGACUAGAAAUGAACACAUUUACUGUAAGAAGGUGCUGGAAAACAUAUUUGUGAAUAGGAAUAAUUCAAUAAACUUAAAAGGCUGUCUUCUUGCAGCAAAUUACAAGAUUCCGUAUAAUUUGCUUCAGAAAUAGUUAGAAACACAUCUUUUGUACCUAAGCGUAUUUAGUAGUCUUCUUGGCUGAGUUGCAAGUUCAUCUGUGUAUUUAUCGGAAUUUAAGAGAAAGCUGGCCUGAAGCUGUUCAAUUGAAACCAUCAAGGAGUGUAAACUGCAGACCAAUUCAUAGCUUGCAAGAGAAUCUUCUUUAAUUCCCUGUAAAGACAGAGAAAAUAAGUGUUUGCAUUUGGAAGUUAAUUUUGUCUUCUUUUUAGCUAGUUAUAUAAUUUUAUAGUCCUUUUUCAUAAUAUUGAUGUGUUUCAUUUUGCACAUCAGCUCAAGCUAUUAUGAUUCUGUGAUACAAAAUUUUAAAUGUAUAAAUGUUAUCAUCAUUAGGUUGCCAAAGACUGAAGUCAAUUAAUUUUUUUUUAAUUUUCUUUUACUGUCUGAAAGUGACUAUAAAACUACCCUAACAAACGUGUCUUCAUUGUGCUUCAGUCCCAAUUCAAUGCCAUACCAUAUAAAAAUAUACCAUAUAAGGCAUCAUCUGUCUAUUCUGGAACACAUUUAACUAGUUCUAAAACAAGGAUGAAGAACAACCAGCAUGGUGUCCUACUUUGACCCACAAUGUAAUUUCCUGUAAACUAUGUUCGCCUGCCCCACAUCUAACAUCACACAAGACACCAGGUAUAGACAGCUACUAUGGAACAAUCAGGAUCCUAAAGUGAGUUUCCCAAAACGCCUUUGCAAGCAGGGCUCCGUUAGCAUCAAUAAGCUGAUGGAGGUUUAGUGCUUUUUCAGAGGGGCUCGUUCCAUUACAUAAAAGUGGUUUGCAUCCAAACCACUUAAUACUGAAUUCCCACCUACCUUCCAGCCUUAUAGCAAGUGGUUUCAAGGCAAACUGCUUUGUGCUAAUGGGGCAAGCACCUCUAAAGACAUAUCGAGUCUAAAUUACCCUGCUACAGGAUAACUUAUUAUUUGUAUCCCGCCCAUCUGGCUGGGUUUCCCCAGCCACUCUGGGCAGCUUCCAACAAAAAAAGGAACAAAGUGAUUUGUUUAUAUUGAACCCACAAUAUACUAACUUUUGUUAUGUACAAUAUGCCCAAUAAUAGACAAUAUGUUCUCACCUUAUCAGUGUCACCUUUUAAGCUUUCCUUCUUGUUUGUAAUUAUAUUAAAUAGUUGUUUCACUCCAGUCUUAAAGCCAGGGCAAAAAUAAAGCACCUAAAAUAGGAACAAGAUAUGCAGUACAAUGAAGGAACACAGAAUUUGUGAAACACAUAUUUAGCUAUAUAUUUGUGUGAUGUAGCGGAAUGAGUUUUUCACUUAGAUCAGGGAGGCCUGCUUUCAAAUCCCUGCUAAGUCAUGAAGGACACUGGUUGACCUUGGACCAACCACUAGAUGGCCUGAUUCACACAAAUCAUAUCCUGGAUGAUGGGUGUAUAUAACACCUUUGCAAUCGAGCCAAGAUAAUAAGCUAACUUUAAACCAUAGCUUAAUAUCAUCACAAGUCAUUAACCAUAGGUUUCCAGGUUCAUGUAUAACAGAAAUCUAUUUUUAUAAACAGAAUAUUGAACUGCUUAGCCAUUUGCUCAGUGGGUAGAGCAAAAGGGCAUGGAAGGGGUAAUGCCACUCAUUAAUAAACUAGCUUAUUAAGCCAUGAUUUGAUUGUGCAGUUUUACCUAAUCUUGCAGAAAAAGCAAGAUAAUUAAUGUAGGAUGACCCAAUGCAUGUGCCACUUUGAGUUUCUUGGAGGGAUGGGAUACAAAUUUAAUUUUAGAAGUUGACAUCAACAGAUGUAAUUGUAGAUAAACAGAAGUGAGUAAGUCUAAAUAUAUAUAUAUAUAUGUUGCAAAAUAAGAAAGGACCAAACUGUCAUGAUAAAUCUUAAACAUAUGUCUCUAUGAUGAACGAGAGUCAGGCCUUAAUAAAUUGCUGAGUAUAUAAGGUGUUAAUAGUAAAAGACAGGUGGUCAUAACUAUAUUUGAUUAUUCUGAAAUCUGAUUAUCCUGUUAUUUUUAAAGUGUUUUGCAUUGGUUCUUAAGAACUUUCCCCCUGCCCCACUGUUUCAUUUAUGUUGUUUGAGUAUUAUUUCUAAAUGCAUUAUCCUGGCUUCAAAGUUCUCAUAUUAUCUUUUAAAAAAAAGGUUACAUCAGUUACAAAGAAAAACCUCAAACAGAAAUAAAGCUAUGCUACAUAGCUUGGGUAUCCAAGUGUUCUCAAUCAUUUUGCUUCCAUUUUGGAACUCCAAUCUCCUGACAAGGCCUGGUUAUCAAUAGGCAGGUGAAACUGUUUUGCUCUAGCAGACAUUUGGACAAAGGAGGCAUAGUGGGUCAAGCUGCUGCAGGUUUUAUCAGUACUAUGGUUUUACUGUUUUCAUCUUUAGUUUUCCUUGUUUUCCCUUUGAGCUAGGUAAAGCAGGUAUUUUUAAAGCACUUCCACUGAAAAUGUUAAGUUAAAAGACAAUGACUUGACUUUUGAUGGAUUAUACUCAUAGUACAGCCUCUUCACAUACACCUCAUUUUAAUAUUUUGCAAACCAUACUAAGAAAUCAAUACCCUAGAGCAGGCACCCCCAAACUUCGGCCCUCCAACAAUUCCCAUGUUCCCCAACCACUGAUCCUGUUAGCUAGGGAUCAUGGGAAUUGUAGGCCAAAACAUCUGGAGGGCCGCAGUUUGGGGAUGCCUGUCUUAGAGCCUGUCACAUACCUUCAAGGUUUGUGCAAUGUAUUUGUUACACAAUACUUUACAUCAGGACAUAAGAUGGAAAAGGACGAUUU